CGUCACACACCUAUCAUCCUCCUCUUCCUCAAGAUCUUCUUCCCUCACCACUCCGAUUUCAAAUCUGGGUUUUCUCGUAGCGGCGGAGAAAGCCGAAUUCAGUUGGGCAGAGGCGAUUUUCCUGCUCAACUCCCUGAGUUUCGAUCUCUUAAAUCUGAAGUCCGAUCUGGCGGAUUUAGGGUUUUCUCGUCUGGGUUGAAGCUCGAAAGAGGAAAACAAGAUUCGAUUUGGCGUCGAAUCGGUAUAUAAUGGGGGAAUCAGGUGGUGGUGGAGGAAGCUGGCGGGAUUCGUAUAAAGGGAUGUCUUCUGAUAACAUCAAGGGUUUGGUGUUGGCGAUUUCUUCUAGUUUAUUCAUCGGAGCCAGUUUCAUCGUUAAGAAGAAAGGCCUUAAGAAAGCCGCCUCCACUGGGACUAGGGCUGGCGUUGGUGGGUAUUCUUAUCUCUACGAGCCUCUUUGGUGGAUCGGCAUGACAACAAUGUUACUUGGUGAGAUUGCAAAUUUUUCUGCUUAUGCAUUUGCGCCAGCUAUUCUUGUAACUCCUCUUGGCGCACUCAGUAUCAUUAUUAGUGCUGUCCUAGCUCAUAUUAUAUUGCGGGAGAAACUACACAUCUUCGGAGUUCUUGGCUGUGUCUUAUGUGUUGUUGGUUCCACAACAAUUGUCCUACAUGCCCCUCAAGAACGAGAAAUUGAUUCUGUGCUUGAAGUUUGGAAUCUUGCAACAGAACCAGCAUUCAUGUUCUAUGCGAGCUUUAUAAUUGGGGCUGCUAUAUUUCUUAUUGUCCGUUUUGUGCCCCAAUAUGGGCAGACAAACGUAAUGGUCUAUAUCGGUAUUUGUUCGCUUGUGGGAUCAUUAUCGGUAAUGAGCGUAAAAGCACUUGGAAUAGCACUUAAGUUGACAUUUUCAGGCACGAAUCAGUUAUUUUAUCCUCAAACAUGGGUAUUCACUUUGGUCGUACUUACCUGUGUGAUAACGCAGUUGAACUACUUAAACAAGGCACUUGAUACAUUCAAUACAGCUAUAGUAUCUCCUAUAUACUACGUAAUGUUCACAUCACUAACUAUAUUGGCCAGUGUUAUCAUGUUUAAGGACUGGGAUCGGCAAAAUGGUACUCAGAUUGUCACAGAAAUGUGUGGAUUUGUUACAAUACUUUCUGGCACUUUUCUUCUCCAUAGAACGAAGGACAUGGUUGAGGGUUCAGCGGUAAUAUUACCAUUGCGUAUAAGCAAGCAUACCAUUGAGGAUGGGUUUGAAUCAGAAGGCAUUCCACUUAGACGCCAAGAAUCUCUCCGGUCACCUUGAAAGCUUUAUUGAUUUGUUUUCUGGUCUACUGCGAUAACUGCAAGCCAGAGAGUCUCAACUUUUUUCCCGUAUCUCGGUCUACUAUGAACAUGGACCAUGAUGGUUCUUCUGUCUAAACAAAUACAGAUGGUUCAAGAAGAUCGAGGAAGGUAAAAGGAGCAAAGAGGACGAUAUCUCAGAUAUCUUCUUCUCGGUAAAUAUGCUGUGAGUUCAUCAAACAUACGGCAUUAGCACACACCCACGCAUAAACCCUUUUGUGACCUUUAAGAUUUUAUAAACAAAGACGGGUUUUGCUUAAAUUGGUCUUUUACAAGCAUAUAUAACUGAAGGUUUUCUACA